AUGUACAGCUCUGAAAUCAAAGAUGGACAAGCCUUGGCAGAAGCAGCGACACCUCCACCAAGAAAAAGACAGCGUCGAGUAGUAUUGGAUGAUAGCGAUGUCCAACCAUCGCGCAAAGGAACAGCGUGCUCCAUCUGUCGUCGACUCAAAGUGAAAUGCGACUCCGCCGAGCGCGGCAUGGGCACCUGCUCUCGGUGUUUGCGUCUUCAGCUACAAUGUGUCAGUGAAAAGAAGGUGUGGAUUAGCGCUGAGGGCGAUGAGAAAAACCACCACCCAUCAGACGUGGUCCUAUUCAAGCUUGAACGCGCCCUUGAAGAUGUCCUUGAGAAGCUCAACAUGCCGGCCCUGGACUUAUAUGCCCAGCCUGUUAUUUCGGAGACUCUUCAAUCGCCUCAACCAACAAGGCAAAACUCGCAGGAGCCGAUAUCUAGCACUGGAAGGAGAGACGAGCGCGAUCUCUCCCCUGGAACAAUGGGCAGUCUAAUCGAGGCGACAAGGAUGAACGGACUAUGUAGCCAGCUGCGCAGUGUUAAGCAGAGGCGGAAGGGCGGAAUGAGACGCAUGGACUCCGAUCUGAUAGCAGAGAAACUACUGUCGUAUAAAGAAGCAGAGGAGAUGCUGGAACUGUGUGUCCCCCCUGACUUUUCGACUUGUUCAAACCAUUUGACAGAAUAUAGUUUCAAGACCCUUCUCUCUCCUCAUCUCUUCUCCGCCACCAUUUCACCAGAUGCAACUCUUGAAACCGUGCGAACGUCGUCUACCAUUCUGUUUACAGCUGUCAUGCUUGUCAGCGCCCUGCACAUUCCCGGCCGCGAGUCCACACACGAAAUCUGUCACAGCCGGUUCCUGGGUCUUAUAUCAUCUGCUAUUUUUGACCGUUUUCACACCCUCGACGAUAUUCGGGGGUUGUGCAUCGCUGCAUUUUGGGAACCAGACCUGAGUUGGAAAUUAAGUGGCAUAUCUAUCCGAAUGGCGACCGAGUUGAAUCUCCAUCAUGCAUUUUACGAGGUAUUCUACACACCGGAUAUAAGCGAAGAUGCACGACGGGAUAGCCUUGAGAAGGCCAGAUUGUGGUAUCUUUUAUUUGUUCUCGACCACCAAUCCAGCAUAGCUUAUGGUCGACCACCCGUCAUGGCUGAGCUACGGCCGAUUAAGGACUUUGCGGUUCUGCUAGAUUCACCAUGGUGCACUCCACCCGACCGAGUGUUGAUUGCACAGGUAACGUGUCUGGCCAAUAUGAGCAAGGCAUUUCAGACCUUCGGACUGGAGCCGAAACGAAUAAUGGGCGGCGACGAUGCUUCUGUAUUGAACCAUUCCCGCUUUACAGAGGAGGCAAGAGCGUGGCAGGAUCGCUGGAGACACCUACGAAAAAUGGACAUGCUGGGCGGAGGUGUGGACCUUCAUUACUAUUUCAGCGAACUGGUGCUUCAUUCCUUGGUCCUCCGGGGACGGCCGCUGGAUAACCUGCGUGACCUUCCUAAUAGUUUGCGACCUCUAACACUGAGAGCAAUCGAAGCUGCGCACUCGCUGCUUCGACAUUUCAUUGAGGAUCCUGGAUACCGCGAAGGCAUCGUGGGAAUGCCUUUGUACCUUCACUCGAUGAUUGCCUUCGCGGUUGUGUUUUUGAUGAAGAUGUCGCAUCGAUGGUAUUUUAUCGGGAUUACAAUCGACCCUGCCCAGAGAACACGACCACUCGUUGAGGGGAUUAUCAAGCUGCUUCGUGGAUGCAAGGCAGGUGCUAACCACAUGGUCUUCAGCAUGGCGAAUGGGUUCGAGAGAAUGUUGAAACAGGCAUCUUCGACUGCACGUAAAGCACAUGCGACGGAAAGUUCGAACUCAUAUCAACCAGGGUCUACAUGGAUAGAUUUACAGCCGGACUUGAUGAAUGGUCAUUCAUCUGGACCUAUGAACUAUUCUGUCGAGCAUUCAAUCAAUCCAAAAGCCCAUGAGGACCCAAACUAUGUGGAUUCUGUACAGCUGACGCCUGACGUUUCACCUUACAAUAACUGGGGCUUCCAGGAUGAGGAAAUGUGGAAUCUGGGCAUGGGUUAUGAUUUGCUUGCGCCCGGAGGCGGGGAUUGGCCAACGCCGAUUUUCCAUUCCAUAUAG